AUGGGAGGAUCAAAAUUAUCCUUUACCGUACUUUGUAUCAUGUUUUACUCUCUUUCUACAAAUGCCCGAUUCACUCCGCCUGAAAACUACCUCAUCGACUGUGGAUCACCUGAAAACACCAUUCUUGACGAUGGCCGGACCUUCAAGUCCGAUCCUCAAUCGGUCUCCUUUCUAUCCACCGACGAGAACAUAUUUGCCACCUCAAUUUCUGCUCCCCCUCUAUACCGAACUGCUCGAAUCUUUAACACUGAAUCGGUUUACAAGUUUCUCGUCUUUCAACCCGGCCGCCAUUUCCUCCGCCUCUACUUCUUCCCUCUUCAUCAUCCCUCGUAUAAUCUCACCACCGCGGUUUUUACAGUCAAAACCGAUGGUCUAGUUCUUCUGCAUGAUUUCUCUGCCACAAACAAUUCGGAUUCUCAUUUUAAAGAGUACCUCAUUAACGUCACUUCUGAUUAUUUCUCGCUUGUUUUCUCGCCAUUAAAGAAAUCUUUUGCUUUCAUCAAUGCUAUCGAGUUUGUUUCGGCUCCCAAUGAGCUCGUUUCUGAUUCAGCAACCACCGUCUCUCCUGCCGGAGUUUUCAACGGGGUGUCAGGAUACGACUUUCAAGUCCUGCACCGGGUUAACGUCGGCGGGCCGACGAUUAGUCCAAAAAAUGACACGUUGUCGAGGACAUGGAUGAGUGAUAGUGAUGAGUACAUGAUGUUUCCAAAAGGGGAGAAAGUUGUGUCCGUUGAUCCGAGCACAAUCAACUAUCCGGAUGGCGGAGCCACUUCUUUGAUCGCUCCUAAUCAACUUUACUCAUCCGCAGCUUCAAUGGCGGAUUCCGGUGUCUCCAACUCCAAUUUCAACCUCACCUGGGAGAUGAAGGUCGAUCCCGGAUUUAAUUACUUGAUCAGGCUGCACUUUUGUGAUAUCGUGAGUAGCGGUUUGAAUACCCUCUAUUUCAAUGUGUACAUCAAUGGCUUCAUCGGGGUUUCGGAGCUCGAUUUGUCGUCGCUCACCUCGGACCUAGCCAUUGUGUACUACAAAGAUUUCAUGAUUAACGCGUUGGCCAUCUCUAACGGCUUGAUAAGGGUCCAAGUCGGACCAUCGGAUCUCGAAACCUCAGCUCCAAACGCCAUACUCAACGGUUUGGAGAUCAUGAAGAUGAAAAACACGGCUGGGAGCUUAGAUGGGUUGUUCUCAUCUGGAAGCAAUAGUCGUGGAUCCCGCACCACGACUAUUGCUGAGGCAACUGGUGUUGCAAUUGGAGUCAUUAUGCUUCUCGUACUGGUCGUUAGCCUUAUACGAAGGAAGAACAGGGCUCGAGAUUGGGACGAGGGUGGAAAUAGUUUCACGUCGUGGUUUCUUCCCCUUAACGCGAGCUAUUGUAGUAGUUUGUUGUCGAGUAAGAGCAAGAACAAGAAUGGGUACUCAAGCGUUUUCCCUUCCAAGAUCGGCCUAGGACGGUCCUUCGCUUUUAGCGAGCUCAGAGAUGCAACGAAGAACUUCGAUGAGAGCGAGGUUAUCGGUGUUGGAGGUUUCGGGAAAGUGUAUAUAGGCGAGAUCGAAAAAGGAACGAAGCUCGCUAUAAAACGAGGAAACCCGAGAUCUUCCCAAGGCAUCAAUGAAUUCCAAACUGAAAUUCAACUGCUAUCCAAGCUUCGACACCGACAUCUUGUGUCCUUGAUCGGAUAUUGUGAUGAAAACACGGAAAUGAUUCUAGUUUACGAGUUCAUGGCUAACGGGCCUCUCCGAGACCACCUCUAUGGAUCCACCCUACCUUCUUUGACAUGGCGCCAACGCCUGGAAAUCAGUAUUGGUGCUGCCCGAGGACUGCACUACCUGCAUACCGGUGGAUCAUCGCAAGGUAUAAUCCACCGGGAUGUCAAAACCACAAACAUUCUCCUGGACGAGAACCUAGUCGCCAAAGUCUCCGAUUUCGGUCUGUCGAAAACUGGACCUGCUUUGGAUCAAACUCACGUUAGCACUGCGGUUAAGGGCAGUUUCGGGUAUCUUGAUCCAGAAUACUUCCGAAGGCAACAACUUACAGAAAAAUCCGAUGUCUACUCGUUCGGUGUCGUCCUUUUCGAGAUUUUAUGCGCGAGACCAGCUCUCGAUCCUGCGUUGCCAAGGGAACAGGUGAAUUUAGCAGAGUGGGCAAUGCAAAAACAAAGGAAGGGUGGUAUCGAGAUGAUCGUGGAUCCUAAAAUCGUGAAAACCAUAAGCUCAGAGUCACUGAUAAAAUACGUGGAAGCUGCAGAAAAGUGCAUAGCAGAGUAUGGUGUUGACAGACCUUCCAUGGGAGACGUUCUGUGGAACUUGGAGUUUGCUUUGCAACUUCAAGAUGCAUCUUCGCAGUUGGAUCCUCCUCAAGAAAAAGAAGACGGAACCUGCAACGUCAAAAAGAUGAAGCUUAUUGGUUCAGAGGAAUCCAAGAACAGUGAUGUUAGUAUUGUUAUAAGUGAUGAUUCAGGUGUGGUGAUGGGUUCUCCAUUGUUCUCCAAGAUCCAAGAUUUUGAAGGAAGAUGAAAUCUUUUGGUGUUCUUUAAGUUGAUUGUAGAUUUGGGUUUGAUGCAAAUUUAAAAUUUGAGUUUAUUUUCUGUUGAUGUAUUCUAAUUAAUGUCAUAAAAGAUUUCUUGAGGGAUGAAUACGGUUGUAAGGCUAUUCAGCCAUGUUAUAUAUGUCU